CGGAAUGGUUUCGACGAAAAACGAUACUUUCACAAAUUCUAAACUUUCUAUUGUAAGUGCUAAUGCCUCCUUUAUAAAGCUUUAAAGUUUAAUUACAUUAUAACAACAUCGUUAAAAUAAUUUUCUUUUAGGUUACUUCCAUGAAAACGAACAUUUGAAGAAGUUAUAUUUUCUACGGCUGAUUUAUUUUGCCGUGCGUUGUUUUUCAGCUGACUUCCUGUCCGAGUUUUAUACCAACCGUUGUUGGCUUACCCGGCUGCUAUUCGCCUAUUUGCUCGGAAUGUAGUUCAUGUCAGGCAGCAUUUUGGGCUGUGAUGUUCCCCAAUUUUUUUUUACCAAUUACAUUCAUUUGAAAGACUUAGCUCAAGACUCGCAUUCCAGUUUUAAGGAUUCACGUGUAAAGUCUUUAUUGUCAACAUCAAGCAGAGAAGAGUAAGAAGGAAGAAAGUCAUGUCUGAUUGCAACUAUAGUGAUAUGUCGAAAGGACAAGCGAGUAGUGGAGCAGCAAUGAAGAUUUGCUUCAGAAUCGAUUCAGGACGUGAUUUUACUCUCGAUUUUCAACCUCACCAGACGCUCUGUGACAUCCUUAGUCGAACUAUCUACGAUAGCAAGAACUUUUGUGUGACCCACAACGGUAAAAUCCUCUUAUGGUAUUUCCCUCUCUCCGAACAGAACAUAAAGCCCACAAACAACUACAUCGAAUGUAAAAUACAUGCUAAGACUACGAAAACGCGGAAGGUCUGCGACCGAACUGACCUCAGUAACUUCGAAAGCUUGUAUGACAGCGAUCCGGAUGUUUUUCUCAAUUCUUCAAACGGAUGUUUAGACUGUAACACCACUUCCGAGAUUUUUUGUGAUGGCAACUAUAGCUAUGGCUGCUAUUCUGAUCAUCAGAUCGGUAACUGCCGGAUCGAUAGACAAUCUCGAUCGUUUUCAGUUGACGACGAGAAAAGAAGCGAAAAAAAGAUCCGAAAGAGAGAAUAUCAGAGGAAACGUUACGCUAAUAUGUCACUGGAAGACAAACAGAUGCGGCUGGAGCAGAUGAAAGCUUACGAACGGGCUAAACGUGCCCGAGAAACUUUAGCGGAGAGGGAAGCUAGGUUGAUGCGGUUAAGGAUAAAUCAACAUCGACGGAUUGAUAUCGAAAGUGAGCCUGAUCGAUCGAGGCGCUUGCAGAGACUUCAAAAAAACCAACGGAAUCGAAUGCAGACCGAAGACGCAGAUGGUAGACACAAAAGACUGAUACGUAUGAAAGAAAAUGCGCGAAUGCGCGUCGAAAGGAGAAAAGCUAUAGCACAGAUAUUGGGAUCUUCUUGUAAGAGGGGGCGGAAAAAGACCUCAACUGCUGAAUUACUGAUGAGACAAGCCGGCGACAACCUGUCUUUCAUGAGAAUGAACUCAAAGAAUAUAUCAGGUCGUAAUCAAGGAUUUCCAUCCAUGGAGCAACAAGGCCAGAAAGACCCAAAUGAUAGACAAGAUGAUUUCAGCUAUUUAAGUCAAAAUGAUAAAAAUGUUUGUAAUACCCAGGAUGGAUCAGGGUUCACCAACCAAUGUGACAAGAACAACAGGCAAGGAGAUUUGUCUUAUCUAGAUUCAAGUCAGAAAAAUUCCAAUGGAGAAUACUCUUACAUGAAAGAGAACAACAGUCAGUGCCAGAAUAGGAACCAGCAAGGUGGACACAAACCUGGGAUGGAGCGCGGAUCGGCUGGUGGGGCUGUUUUACCUUGUAUGGACUCAACUAUGGAAAAGGAUGGCCUCAACAAACAGGGUAUGGCAGAUAAAGCAGAUACUUCUGGAAUAUUUUCUCACUUGCAUUCUAACCAAAAUAAAGACAUGACUGAUAAAGAAAUGGGCUUUGAUUGCCUGACAUCACCCCAAAGUAAUAUCAGUGAAGAGAAUGGUAAAACUGGAACGAAUGAAAGAGAUGGUGGAUUUUCUUAUAUUAGUGCAGCUCAAGGUUUGGGCCUCUCUGAUAGAGAUGGGGCUUUUCCUUAUCUCAAGCCUAACUAUAAGCCAACCCAAGUUGACUGUGUACGAACUGAGAUAAUGACUCCUCGAAGUGAAGAUCUGUUAAACCUGGAUGCCAUUCAAAGUUCACUUGAUCCAUCGAGCAAAGGAACGGCGGCGAAAGCUGGCCAGAGCGACCAAAGUAACAAUUUGACAUUACUGGACAUUGGUGGUCAACAGAAGACUGGUAAUUCAUCCUGUUCAUUUACACCGAAAGCAAUGAAGCGCAAGAAGAAAAAAUCCACAUUCAGUCCGGGCGAAACAGGAGCUGACUUUGGGCAAUUAGAAGAUGUAGGGACCCUAGAGAGGAAGCUUGAAUACAUGUUGGGGUCUUCAUUUUCGCCACUCAUUAGUCAAGAUUACUAUGACAACGCUACAGCUGAGAUGAUGACGCCAAAAGACAGAAAAUUACUAAAAAUGAGAUUGAAGCAACGAAGGCGUCUUCAUACAGAGACCGAUACACAGCGCACAAAGCGACUGCUGCGCAUGAAACGGUAUCAGCACCAGCGCAUGGCAACCGAGCCCCCCGAGCAUCGACAGAAAAGGCUGGUACGCAUGCGAGAAAACGCGAGGCGACGCGAAGAGAGGAAAAAAGCCAUAGCACAACUGUUGGGAAACUCUCAGAAAGGGAAAAAAAAGUCGCAGGCGAUUUCGAUUCUGAUGCGACGGAUGAAAGAUAACGAGAAUAUAUUUCAAUACCAGUCGAUGCUUAACCGGGACGGUGGUAGUUUCCCGAUGAAAUUAAGCUCCAAGAACAUGGAUAAAGAUUGCGGCUACAUGUGUCAGAAUGACAAAAGUUGUAGCAGCAUGCAAGACAGCCCCUGUUGCUCGGCCCCGUGUGGGAAGUCGUGUCGUCAAGAGAAUUUAUGUUGCAACGGAGAUUUUCCUUGCAUGAAAGAGAACGGUAGACAAUGCCAGAGCAGAAGCCACUCGAACGGAACUUCGACUGGCUCUUACUCUUGUAUGGAACCACUCAAUACCAAUAAAGAUGUGAUGGACAGGGGUUCAACCGGAGAAGUUGUCUUCCCGUCUUUCAACCAGAUUCAGAACCGUGUGACCACAAACGGAGAUGGAAACAGUUUUGGCUGCUACUCUUCAGAUCAAAACAAAUCCAUGUCCAACAGUAUGUCCGAUUAUUCUUACAUGAACAGUUGUAAUAUGGGGAAAGAUGGCUGCUAUGCUAACAUGAAAUGCUCGCAAGACUGCAAAAAGCGGAAAAAAGGAUGCGAUUGUCUUUCCGCACCACCAAUAUCUUCUAUUGAUGAAGAUUGUUAUGAAUGUGCUAAUAACAUGAUGUGUGGACCAAACUGUGACCAGGGGUCGAAAUCUGAUGGAAACCAGUUUAGUGGUGGCUGCAUAAAUCCUCGUGAGAAAAGACUGGAACAGAUGCGACAGUACCAACGGCGCCGUUUAGAGAAUGAGUCACCUGAUGAACGUCAGAAACGGUUGGAACGCAUGCGAAUGAAUUCCAAGAUGCGUGUGGAGAGAAAGCGCCUUAUGGUCCAAAUGAUGAAGACAGGACAGAAACCACGUGGUAAGGGGUCAACUUUGGCUGAACAGGAUUCUCUGUUACGCUACACAGACACCUGCAGCCCAGAUGGAAAUGCAGACAGUUACUGUGUUGAGCAAAUGAAAAAUAAAGACGACCGUCUGCAGACCUCAAAACCGAAUCCUAACGAGGAACAGUCUCCUGAUUUUGCAUACGUCGGCUCAAACCAAAAGGCAGUGACGAACAGGCAAUCGGACUACCUUUACUCCAAGUCGAACAUGUCAUCAGAAAACCAUGGCAAGACAAUGUCGGAUCGAGACAAUGUGUUUAUGAGCCGAAAUCAAGUUAACAAAAUAGUUCCUGAAAGGGGAAGUGUGUUCCCGUGUAUGGAUCAGAUUGCUGACAAGAACGAACUGGACAGGGCUGGUUUAGGAGGACCAGUGUUUCCAGGUAUGACGUUGAUCCCUAACAAAGACACGCAUGACAAGGGCCCGGUCUUCCCUUGCAUGGAUCAGGAACAAAACAAAAAUCUCCCUGCCGACCGUGGAGUAACUGGUGCAGGGGGCGGUGCGGAUGUCUCUGUGGCAACGGCAGCAGCAGCAACUGGUGGUGGUGGCGGUGGUGGAGCAACAACACCAGGGGGUGGCAGUGGAAUGGCAGCUGGAUCGUUCUGCUUGAAUCCCUAUCAGUCUGAAGUCACUUCAGCUGAUAGGGCAUCUAUGUUUCCUUAUGGCGUUCAGUCACAGAACAAAGACCCAAACGAUAAGGCUGGUGGUGUGAUCCAUCCAUUCUUCAACCAAAACCAAAGUCGCAACAUCAAUGACAGAGAUAUAAACUUCCCUUGUAUAAUCCCUGAGCAAAAUCGAAUGUCAAACUUCUCCUACAUGAAUCCAUACGGGGUCCCUGGCGGUAAUAUUGACCGCGAUGGAAACUGCUCUUAUCUAAAAUCGGUGCCAGAUGUUAGGAAAAAAACUGACCAUGGUCAUCGGAAAAAAGAGGUUGAGUCUUCUAGUUCUGCAUUUUCUUCUUCUGUUGUUAACUAUGGAAAAUCUGCUGAUGCUGGAAUGCAAAUGUAUUCUAAGCAGAGUUUGGGCUAUAUGUGUAUUUCGUGUGAAAGACCAUUGCCCAGAGACCAACUGAGUCGAUUUUCACCAUUUCCUGGUUCGCUGAUCCCAGAUCACGACCCCAAUAAACUUGCUGAUGAGCAGAAGCAGUGGAUAUGCAAGACCUGUGAAAAAUUAAAAAGGAACUACCACUUAUUUCCGAACCCCGUCAGUUAAUUUUUUCUGUUGUUUCGCAACAUGCAUUUUCGAAACAACACUUAACUCCACUAUCACUCCACUUUCACUUUCACUCUCACUUCAUCUUACUACUUUACACUCAAAACUAACAAACGAACAAAAAAAAACCCAGAAAAACCAGGCAAAAGAAAGAACAAACUAUCACAUAUAAAUGCAAAAUAUAUGUAUUUAUGAAAGCCAGCAGGUUUCUAUCAGGCAUAUGUCCACCUCCAGAAUUGUUUUUCUCCCUUGAAAUAUAUCUCUACUCUUUGACACUGAAAAAAAAACAAAACUUCUCUUUCUCUUCAUCGGAAAACAUGACCCUCACUCACUCCUCCCUCUCCUUUCUCUCUCUCUCCUUUCUCUCUCUCUCCUUUCUCUCUCUCUCCUUUCUCUCUCUCUCCUUUCUCUCUCUCUCCUUUCUCUCUCUCUCCUUUCUCUCUCUCUCUCAUUCUGUGUCCUUCCACUCAAGACAGUGCUGUCUCCCUCAGAAGCAGCACUCCCAUGAUCAAAAUCUACACCACAACCUUGUCUCUGCUUUCAUCCUAAGACGAGCAUCCAGCUUUGUCAUUGCUCUUAAAUCUAGACUCAGAUCUUACACUUUAACCUUCUGUCUUGACCUCAACAUCUGACCCUGAACCUAUGUCCUCAUUUCACCAUCUGACCCUAACCCUGUGCCCUAACCUUACCACCAGAUCAUAGCCCUAUACAGUGACUGUCCCAUCUAAUACCAAAAACCAGUAUUAUGAAUGCCUUGUUUGUUUCCACCCUUUCACUACGAUUUCCUUCCCCGUCUUUGGAUUGUGACCUCACUGAUGCUAACCCUGUCAUCUCACCCUGCAAACAAAUUUAAUAUUCUUUCCCAUCAUUUGUCUUUUGUAAGUAAUAUUUUCUAACCUCCACCCCUUUUUUUUUUUAUUAUUAUACUUGGCCCCCUUCAGAUAAAGCUUGGCUGGGAAGAAAAGGUACAAGAUUGGCACCCCCAAUAAAUACAACACUUUAUUUGUUCUGUCAGGUCUUCAGGUUCCUGUCCUGCUGCAGAAAUUAAGUCACAAUACCAACCUUCGGCAAGACACUUCAUUUUUUGUUUUUUUAACUUCCUGGAGAAGGAACAACUUAUUUUGUCCAAUUUCACACUUGGUGGUUUUGCAGUUUGAUAAGGAAUCACUAUUUUGGAACUAGCAUGCAGUAAACAGCACCAAGAAUACUAAGUUAUACUCUGGUGAAGCUCAAAUUGGAAACCAAAUUUGCGACUAGGGUUUUGGCGGCAUCUUGCUGAGUGUUCUUCAUUCAUACCACUUCUUGAGGAAGUCAAAGCUUGAUAGAAUUUAACCAUUUAUUUCACUACUAAUUAAUGUGAGGCCUUGAGUUUGUUUGUAAAUGAUCAUUAUUACUAAUUGAUGUGAAACAUAACGAACAGCAACAACCAGAAGAACAAUCUGUAAAUGAUAAUUACAGAGGCCGAUUAACUUUCUUUCUGUUCACAUUGUCAUCUUUCAUUUCAUACAUUUUAAAUAAUUUUUUUUUUUUUUUUUUGGAAACCAAGGUGUUAUUUUUGGGUUUUUCUUUCAACCCCCCCCCCUUAUCAUACCUUUCCUUUCAUGUUGUCCCUUCUUGUCUUUGAAGCCAAUCAAUUCCAAAGUUUUUUUUUUUUUUUCAUAGCAAUCGAUUAAUUACUUUAAAUUGCAAAAAAAUAGCGAAACAAACAUAAUUAUUUCUGGAAUUCCUGUUUAAUUCCUGUUUAAAUAUCAUUUUCUUUUUUAUUUCGUUUUUCGAUUGUUUUUUUGUUUUUUUCCUGUUUCGAUAUCUGUAGAAAUGC